AUGGAUACAAGCGUCAAUCAUAUCUACGCCAUUGCGUUGUCAAACCCCACGUCGACAGAUUCUCCAACAUGGGCCAUCUCUGUUCAGCCCAUGAAGCAGAAACGACUCUUCUUCCAUGAACACCCUCACACCUCCGUCUUCCUGUCCAAUGAGACCGACAACAGCCAACGAAGAAACAGCGAUGGCUUCAAGGGUGAAGAAUUGCUAGUCAAACUUCUCAUUGGCGAGAACAAUGUCAAGAGCAUCGGCGAACGUGUUCAACAGGCUCUAUCCAAGACCGACAAGACACAACCCUCAGAAUCAUGGCUACGCUCUGCAAUCCUUGCUUUACAAUCAGAAUCUCUGUGCAACAGAUUCAACAUCGAUGUUUUCCAGCAAAUGGCUACACAAACCCUUCAGUCGCAGCAAGCACACCACGAGACCGUCGCCAUCGAAGUCGACUUCUUAUCUGAACUAGGACGCACGAAAUCCGUAGAGGAGAUGCACGAGACCAGAGAAAAGGCAAUCAAGGAAAAGAAGAAAGACUCGAGUUAUUUCGGUUUCAGGAUCUCGAGACCCCAGAACAUGCCGCAGAGAGUGAGGAGAGUCAACUCUUGGGAGAGAAAGGAUGAUGCCUAUGGAGGGCUGAUGUGA